UUGUCCUGUAUUGUUUGUUAUCAGAUGAACUUAAAGACCCAGAUAUUAAGGAUUUAUCUACGCACUGACAUGAGGCUUAUAGUUACAUUGAUUUUCUCAGUAUGUGUGGUCACGGCAGUUCCUAAUCGUGAAUCCAGAGGGUCGUGUCUCAGCUUGUGUGGUCAAUAUGGUGUGGACUGUCCCGCGGGGUAUGAGUGUCGCAGCAAUGGAUGUGGACACGAGUGUUACAGACCGCUAAAUUACGUUGUACCCGAGGGCUGCACUACAUUGCAUUGCCCUUACCAUUGCCCACUUGGGUACCAAGUCGACGAAUCGGGCUGUGACGUCUGCGCAUGUGACUAUUCCAGGUUUUCGCGCCCUGAUAUAACGUACGUGUCUAUUUCGGAUACUCGUGAAACCGAUUCCAUUAAGCAAUCGAUUAGAAACCUGGUACAAGUUGAACAAAAUAUCAAUUUUCACUUAUAGCACAAUGUAAUUUAUUUCUAGAUGAAAAUCAAUUAUUAAGGUUGAAUUCUUUGGUCAUAAUUGUGUGGCAUUUGAAAUAGUAUUACUUCCAUUAUAUUUUAUGACAUAAUUUGCAUAUUCAUUUAUUUUUCAGUGUCUAACUGAUCGUUUUCAGGGAACGACGAAUCAUGUAUGACAUGGUGAUGCAAAAUAAAUUUGUUUUUAAUGCA